UUUCGCUGCAACUGCGAUCUAUCUGUGCACGUGACCAAUAAACUUUGAUUUGUAUGUGUUUCAGGUGUGGGCCGUCUGAUAGCAGAGUGCUCCCUUAACCCUGUUAUUCUCCCUGUGUGGCAUGUAGGUAUGAGUGAUGUCUUGCCCAAUGAGCGACCCUACAUCCCUCGUACUGGACAGAGAAUCACAGUCCUGAUAGGGAAUCCAUUUACAGUCAAAGACCUUCUGGAGUCACUCCGACAACAGCAGAAGAGCCAGAUGGAGAUGAGGAAGGCCCUGACAGAUUCCAUCCAGGAGGAGUUUCGUAGCCUGCGGACCAAGGCUGAGGCUCUCCACCAGCGGGUACAGACCACUACCUGAGCCCCAGGCUCCAGCCCGGCCUCCACACCUGGACCCUACCCUAACCUCAGGGUACCAACUCAAUAUAGAGUGGACAAAGAGACUGUAUACACACACACACAAACAGUAAACUAUAUUCACACACACACACACACACACACCUGUGCCUCAUAGUGUGUGCAGUCCAACCUGCUGUCUGAUAAACCAGUGGUCACCAAUGUGAUAAUUGCAAGGAGAAUCCUGCGAUGCCCCUCAAAAAUCAUUCAGGCAACAUACAGGCAACGCUGAGAAAACAGUGUUUUUUGCUUCAUGUUUGAAACCAAUUCAAUGGGAAUGUCCAUAAAGCCAAUGUUGUGUUUAACAGGCAUUGUACCAACUGUCCCGUUCCCUCCCGUGUUAUGAAGUCACGUGACACUCACCUCUGUCCCCACGGUAACAGCAGAACUAGGAGUAGUGGAGUGAAGUGUGGUGCCCACGGUAACAGCAGAACUAGGAGUAGUGGAGUGAAGUGUGGUUCCCACAGUAACAGCAGAACUAGGAGUAGUGGAGUGAAGUGUGGUUCCCACGGUAACAGCAGAACUAGGAGUAGUGGAGUGAAGUGUGGUUCCCACGGUAACAGCAGAACUAGGAGUAGUGGAGUGAAGUGUGGUGCCCACGGUAACAG